AUGGCAACCGCCGUGGCCGCUACUCCUGGCUUGUCCUCUUUUCUGAAGUCACUCAAACAUGCCGAUGUUGAGACUUCGAUCGAACAUUUCGUCUCGCUUUUGAAGAGACGUCAGAUCAGAAAUUCCAGGCCAUGUGCUAUUGCAACUACUCAACUACUGCUCCGUAUUGUUGCUGCUUCAAGGACCAGAGAUGCUGCCUCUUUGAUUGAGCGUGUGCGCAAAGUUGGUCAGCGCUUGAUUGCUGCCCAGCCUCGCGAGAUGGCAGUCGGUAACAUUGUGCGCCGUGUCCUUGGUCUGAUCAGAGAAGUCGAGGAAACUGGUCUGGAUGCUGCUGCUUUCAGCGAGGCCGAUCACAGCGAUGAACCCCAGCAAACUCACAACAACUCACUGCAUCGACCAGUUAUGAACUCUCACAUCUCGGACUUUAGCCCUCUACAUCACAGUGCUGCUGGUCCUACCAAUGUGGAUUUGAGGCAAGGAAGCCCUGCUUUGGCCGAUUUCCAGGAUGCUACAGGGGCUCACAGACCUCCGCUUCUUACUUCGCACACAUCUUACGCUACGGGCCCCCAGGUUACUUCGCUAUUUGGUCUUCUUUCACAUCCAGAUGAGCCUUCUCCGUUAGCAACUCCUCCGGCAGGCGCUCAGUCACCCGUUUCAAAGACGGGUCUCCGCUCAGGAAGCAUCACCGAGACAUCGCAAGCCAAAAUGGACGUCAAGGCUGAAGUCAUCGAUGGAAUUAAGGAGCUCGUCGAUGAACUGGAAAUCGUCGACGACCAAAUCGCCGCAUCCGCCCUCGAGCACAUCCACGCCAAUGAGAUUAUCCUCACACACACUUCCUCGCAGACCGUCCAAAAGUUCCUCAUCGCUGCAGCUCGCAAGCGAAAGUUUACUGUUAUCCACGCUGAGGCUUAUCCCAAUGAUCACGUCGAUACACACGCUACUGUCUUGACUGGUGGCAAGAAGGGCAACGAUGACGAUGAGGAGGUAGACGAGCGAUGGAAGCCGCUCAUCUCUAUGGGCAUCCAAGUCAUCAUGAUCCCAGACUCGGCUGUCUUUGCCCUCAUGUCGCGCGUCAACAAGGUCAUCCUCGCCCCGCAUACUGUUCUUGCUAAUGGUGGCUUGAUCGCAGCUACCGGUGCUCUUACCAUUGCGCAAGCAGCAAAGGUGCAUCAAACCCCUGUUGUCGUGGUUAGCGGUGUGUACAAGCUCAGUCCUGUGUAUCCCUUUGACAUGGAGGAGCUUGUUGAGUACGGUGACCCGGGCAAGGUCAUUGAUUUCCAGCAAGGCGACCUGGUUGAGAAUGUUGAUGUCAACAACCCCAUCUACGACUACGUUGGUGCCGACCUUGUGGAUUUGUAUAUCACCAACCUUGGAGGUCACGCACCCAGCUAUCUUUACAGGAUCGUCGCGGACCAUUAUCGCGUAGACGACAUUAAUCUCUCGUAA